AUGGCGCUGGUGAGGCGGUGCCUCUGUGGAUCCGAGGAAGACUUCAGAGCGCUUUUAGGGAUGGAAAAUCUCAGGCUGUUCUCCUACGGGGAGAUCAGAGCAGCUACAAACAACUUCGAUCAGAGUAACAAGCUUGGCCGAGGUGGUUUUGGAACUGUGUACAAGGGGGUUUUGAGAGACGGCACUGAAUUUGCCGCGAAGGUUUUGUCCUCGGAAUCCGAGCAGGGGAUCAAGGAAUUCCUCGCUGAAAUCGAGAGCAUCUCUGAAGUGAAGCACGCGAACCUCGUCAGGCUGCUGGGCUGCUGCGUGCAGAGGAAGAACAGGAUCCUGGUGUACGAAUACCUUGCGAACAACAGCCUCGAUCAUGCACUCAAAGCUUUAGGUUCAGGGAACGGAGCCGCAGCAAAUCUGCCCUGGAGCAGGAGGUCGGACAUCUGCGUGGGCACCGCCAAGGGACUGAGCUACCUGCACGAGGAGCACGAGCCCAACAUCGUGCACAGAGACAUCAAAGCCAGCAAUGUUCUUCUCGACCGAGACUACAUGCCAAAGAUCGGAGAUUUCGGGCUCGCAAAGCUGUUCCCAGACAACGUCACCCACAUCAGCACAAGAGUGGUCGGAACCAAUGGAUACUUGGCACCUGAAUAUUUCGUGCAUGGGCAGCUGACCAAGAAAGCCGACGUCUACAGCUUCGGAGUGCUUGUCCUUGAGAUCGUCAGCGGGAGGAGGAUCUCGCAAACGAUCCAGUCGGACAUGUUCCUGGUGCGAGAGGCAUGGGAGUUAUACCAGCAAGGCAGGCUGCUAGACAUUGUGGACGCGAGCAUGGGGAGCUACCCGGAGAAGGAGGUGCUCCGGAAAGAUUUGCUUGACAUUGACCAUGAAAGCAUCUAG